CUGGAUACAAACUACGGAUUUCGCAAAGUUCGAGCCGUUGCUCAAAAUUACACGAUUGACACAUCACGAGCGAAAACGAACAAACAGGUCGUCUCACUCUGCGCUGCAAAACUUGGCCUUCAGGAGUAUCCUGACGGACGAGACGAUGGAUGUGCGUGCGACAUCUAUUGGCAUAACGUGAAUUAUCAUGAUGUAAAUGCACUGAUCAAAAGUCCUCGUUCCAAAAUUAACAAAUUCCCAGUAACUGAAAUUAUUAGCAGUUCCUCAGGUAUGUCCGAUUUAUCAAAGAAAAUUUCUCUUACACGAGCAAUUUCUUCGAUGCGCCAAUUAUUCCCGUACGAAUAUCAAUUUUAUCCAUCAAGCUGGUUUAUUCCGGCUCAAUUUGAUGCAUUUGUGGAGCACUGCAACAGCUCAAGGCACAAUGCUUGGUAUAUUGUUAAACCAGAUGAUGGUGCUCAGGGAACAGGAAUUUAUUUGGUACAAAAUCCGGAUCAAAUCAAGGAGCCUGGUGCAAGACAGCUCAUCCAGGAAUAUAUCUCUGAUCCGUACUUAAUGGGCGAUAAUUUAAAAUUCGACUUUCGUGUUUAUGCUGUUAUCAAAAGUAUCAAUCCACUAUCCAUUUAUGCAGCGCAUGAAGGUAUGGCUCGUUUUUGCACAGAAAGGUAUGAGCGGCCGGCAACAUCGAAUUUCGGAAAUUUAUACGCUCAUUUAACAAAUUAUUCAUUAAAUAAAGAAAAUGAUGCUUACAUCCACAGUUCAUCGCUGCAUGAUCAGAUGAAAGAACCUGUGUUACUGGAAGUAAAUUCGGCACCAAGCUUAACAAUCGAGCACUAUCUUUCAAGCAAUCCUCCAGAUGAAGAUGCAGAAAACAACGAAUUACUGAGAGUUCGCUCGGUUGUCGAUGAGGUAAGCCUUUUUGCUUUAGUAAGAAUUUUGUAA